AAAAUGAACAAAAUCUUGCGUGGAGUGAUUCAAUUUCGGAACACUAUUCGAAAGGAUCUUGUGAAGCAAUUCGAAGAGAUCAAAAACAAUCCGAGUCCAACUGCGGUGAUGUUCACUUGCAUGGAUUCCAGAAUGUUGCCCACACGGUUCACACAAUCACAAGUCGGAGACAUGUUCGUUGUUCGAAACGCUGGGAACAUGAUUCCAGAUGCUCCAAAUUACGGUGCCUUCUCUGAAGUCUCCGUGAAUACCGAACCAGCGGCUCUUGAACUUGCUGUCAAACGAGGUGGUAUCAGACAUAUUGUCGUAUGCGGGCACUCGGACUGCAAAGCUAUCAACACUCUUUACGGUCUCCACCAAUGUCCGAAAAACUUUGAUGUUACGUCGCCAAUGGACCAUUGGGUUAGAAGAAAUGGAUUCGCCUCUGUCAAAAGACUCAACGAGCGCCUUCAUCGUGGUCCAUCAUCCAUGAAAUUUGAAUCGGAAGUUGCUCCAAGUCAAUCAUUUGAUGCAAUAAUUGACCCGAUGGACACACUCGCAAUGGAAGAUAAACUUUCCCAAAUCAACGUUCUGCAACAGCUCAUAAACAUUUGCUCACACGAGUUUCUCAAAGAGUAUCUCGAGUCUGGUCGUCUUCAUAUCCAUGGCAUGUGGUUCGAUAUUUACAAGGGAGAGGACUAUCUUUUCUCGAAGGAUAAGAAGAGAUUUGUGGUCAUUGAUGAAAAAACAGUCACCGACCUUCUUGCUGAACUCAACGCUCGUUACCCAGUUCCCGAAGAUCAAGACGGUCCGGUUGCAUUUGCCAAAUCUAACUAAGUAGUCUUCUGAAACUCAUGAUGUUCUGUAAAUUGUAGAUUAUAUUGAUAGUUUCCCCGUUGAUUAUUACCUUUCCUCCAUUAUAUAUACCAAUUUCCAACAAACCCCGGGUAUUGAUUUGAACAAUUUUGCCAUUUACCAUUUAUGCAUGCUCACUUGAAAACUAAAAAAAGUCCCCAAAUUCCAUAUUUUGUGUUGAAAUGAAUUCGUCUGUUAUCACAAAUCACGUUCCCACUUUGAAAUUCUACUAAUGAAUUAAACUUCCGAUG